AUGUACGCACACAUAUUAUUCAAGCUCUCUUUUGCCACAAUCUUGGCAUUGCUAUUGCUUAGCACUCCUACAGUCGCCGAUAAUUUUGAUGCAAUCGUCAAAGAAGCACUUGCGGAAGGCAAUAAAGCAUCUGAUAGUACGCCUGCUGGUGGAUCUAUCAACGACAACCAGCCACCAUCUGCUGACACAGGUGCCACUAGUGAGGAUACCACGAAACAGCCAUCACCUAGUGCAACGAGCGGUGGUGGCGAUACACAAGACCAACAGCAACCUGAUAUUGGUUCCAUGGGAAAGAACUUGAAGAACCCUAAUGCAAACAGCAAGUCGUAUGGUGAAUGCUUGUCAGGAUGUGCAGCGAUUGUGGAUAGUCUUACGGAAUCAUGCAAAAAGCUCAGUGACCCAAAGAAAGGAUCAAGCUAUGAUGAAUGCGACCAAACUAUCAAAACUGAGCUUGAUGGAUGUAAAGAAGAUUGCAAGACACGAAAGGACGCUUAG